CCUCAGUACGUCGCUUUCGCCUCCCUUUUCUUCAUCCUCAUCUCCAUCACCACUUUCUGCCUGGAAACCCACGAAGCCUUUAAUCGAGUCAUUAACAAAACGGAAACCAUCACGACGGGGAACGGGACGACGGGGACGCAGGUGGCGGUGGAGGUGGAGACCGAACCCUUCCUCACCUACGUGGAAGGCACCUGCGUCGUCUGGUUCACCUUCGAAUUCCUUAUGAGAGUCACUUUUUGUCCCGAUAAGAAAGAUUUCAUCAAGAAUAGUUUAAAUAUCAUCGAUUUUGUGGCUAUUUUACCUUUUUACCUCGAAGUCGGUUUACGGGGUCUUUCCUCUAAAGCCGCUAAAGACGUUUUGGGUUUUUUACGCGUCGUUCGUUUCGUUCGGAUUUUAAGGAUUUUUAAAUUAACUCGCCAUUUUGUGGGGUUGAGAGUUUUGGGGCACACUUUACGAGCCAGUACUAACGAAUUUCUCCUUUUAGUUAUUUUUUUAGCUUUAGGGGUGUUAAUUUUCGCCACUAUGAUUUAUUACGCCGAACGGAUCGGCGCCGAUCCCGAUGACGUCACCGGUAGUCGGCAUACUUAUUUUAAAAACAUCCCUAUUGGUUUUUGGUGGGCUGUGGUGACCAUGACGACGUUGGGGUACGGGGAUAUGUACCCCAUGACUUGGUCAGGGAUGUUGGUUGGAGCUCUUUGUGCUUUAGCCGGUGUCCUUACCAUCGCCAUGCCCGUCCCCGUCAUCGUGAAUAAUUUCGGCAUGUAUUAUUCGUUAGCCAUGGCUAAACAAAAAUUACCUAAAAAAAAA